CUCCGUCUUCUGUCCGUUCUUCCAACAACUUCAUCUUUAUCCACUCUUUCAUUUAUCUCAGCGGUGUUCAGACGCGCAAGCAGUGCGGGUGAUAUUAGACUUACGCCUCUUCUGCCUUACUCUUCCCGCCCCUCUCCUUCUACACCUCCCCACCACCAUGUCCUCCACCGCCGCCCUCGCCCCCGGCUCCAAGCGCCAGAGCAUGCUCGUCCAGUCCACGCCUGGCUCGCCCGAGGUGGGCAAAGAGAUUGAUACUUCGACGACGACGACGGGCGCCGGAACAAUCACGGCCAAGAACGUGGCCUCGCCGGGCGAGCUGUGCGGCUUUGUCGACACGUUGCUCAACACUCUCGAGAGCCGGUUCGACGAGAUGAGUGAACAGGUGCAGUCGAGGAUGAACGAAAUGGCGGCCCGCAUUGACAAUCUGGAAACAGCUAUCGCGGAUUUGAUGAACAACGGCGCCGAGAGCCCAACAACCACACCCACGAAGAAGAAGUAGACAUGAGUAGCGCUGUGGCACGCGUAAGGACAGUUGUAUGCAUAUAGUUCAGCCCUAGAGUAGACCCAUUGAUGGCGAUGGCAUGACGCGCCACCACGAUCUGCGCCGCUCUCAGACUACCCCGGCCCAACUGCUCAUGCUGCUCAGCUGGAAUCUCGCUUGGACAUGGCACGUCAUGGUCCAUCCGAGCUAAGCGCGGUGUUAAGGUUGACAUGUCAUGGCAACAACAUUCCAGCGUGGCAUGUGUGGGAUCCACUCGGCGUCUGUAGAUCUAUAAGACUUGUCAGGGCGCACGCAGCACAUCCCCGUGCGCUCCGUGAGGCUUCAGCGCACAGCAUCUCGGGGCCUCGGCGCAAUAUAUGAUGGUCUGAUCGCUCGAGGAGCAGACUGGCGAAAGCGACAGGCUGGAUGAUCAGCAAGAAAGAGUAUGAGGUGUUAAG